GACAAAUUUUAUUUACUUGUUUGAUGAGAACGUGCGUGGAACAGGUACCCGAAAUCGUCGUUCAUUCGAAUAUCGUAAACGCGAGUGGAAUUUCAGUACAGUGAAUGAUUUAUAAUCAAACGUAAUUGAAUUAUUUCAUUAAUGAACGUAACACAUCGUACUCUGGUGUUGGAUGUUGUUCGAAGUAGUGCCUCUUAUACAUUGCGUAAUUAUUGCCGGUCAACACGCGGGAGAAAAUAUAUAUAUAUUUUGAUAAUAGUGAAUGCAUGAUAACAAGAAGCGUGACUGAAAGUUCCACGCGCUGCUUUCCACAGAUUGCUUACGAUCUCUUGUGUUUCUCGGUAAUUACCUUAUUUCUCGAUCAAGAAAAUCGUGCUUCGAUCGGUAAAAACUCUUCGAGGAUGUCUCUAACGUGGCGAUUCAUAGCCCUGACCUAUCUGGGUAGGAAUGUACGCGAUCAAAAAUGUCGAUUCUUCUCUGUAAGCUGCUUUCGAUGCGGAACCGUCGUCCCCUUCAGACUAACGGAUAUCGGAGAAGGAAUUCGAGACGUUACGAUAAAAGGAUGGUACGUGAAACCUGGCGACCGGGUGUCUCAAUUCGAUAACAUUUGCGAGGUCCAAAGCGACAAAGCAUCUGUGACGAUUACCAGCCGUUACGACGGAUUAGUUAAAGCCUUGCACUACAAGGUCGACGAUGUAGCUCUGAUAGGGAACGCGCUACUGGACAUCGAACUAGAUGGUGACAAUGAUGGAGGUACGAUAAUCGAGAACAAAGAGAACGUCAAAGAUGAGGAGGAAAAACAAAUUGGGUUAGAAAAAGUGCUGACCACCCCGGCAGUCAGAAGGAUAGCCAUGGAGAACGAUAUUAAGUUAAAGGACGUCGUUUCUACCGGCAAAAAUGGAAGAGUGCUUAAGGAGGAUAUAUUGGCUCACUUGGAAAAAAUUUCUGUUGGUUCCGAGAAAAAAAGGGCGGAGGAAAAACCAAUAGCCGAGAAGGUGAUGCCGAUAAAAGGCUACAGCAAGCAUAUGUGGAAAACGAUGACGCAAUCUCUGAGUAUACCUGACUUUAUGUACAGCGACGAGUACAAUGUUAAUAAAUUGAUGAAUUACCGUAACGAAGCGAAGGAUUUCCUGAAACAGCAGGGUAUCUCUUUAAGCUUGAUGCCGUUCUUCAUCAAAGCAGCCUCGAAAGCGUUGGAAAAGAUACCGCAACUGAACGCAUGGAUCGACGAGGAAAAUGAAACCCUACGAGUUUUGGAUAGUCAUAAUAUUGGCAUUGCUAUGGAUACACCCGAGGGUUUAAUAGUACCGAAUAUAAAAAAUGUUGAAAACCUGAGCAUCGUGGAAAUCGCAAAAGAGCUGAAUAGACUUCAACAACUUGGCAGGAAUGCUUCGAUACCGUUGAAAGAUUUGUCGCAGGCAACGUUCACCUUGUCGAACAUUGGCGUUAUUGGUGGUACGUACACGGUGCCAAUAAUACUAUCUCCACAAAUUGUAAUUGGUGGAUUGGGUAAAGUACGAACAUUACCUCGAUUCGACGAUAAAGGGAACGUGGUAGCUGCGAAUAUAAUAACGAUUAGUUGGGUCGCCGAUCAUCGAGUUGUAGAUGGCGUCACUAUAGCGAAGUAUUCAAAUUGGUGGAAGCACUAUGUCGAAAAUCCCACAUUCCUGUUAAUAGGGGCAUAAAUUCAUUGAUUUUUAUUUUAUAAAUGUAUUUUUCCAUUAAUAAUAUACUUAUAUGAAAUGUUAGUAACUACCGAAUUCCCUCAUAAUGGAUUUCAGUUUCGAAGGCUUCAACAUGUACGACGCAAUAAAAGCGUGAAAACAUUUUAUACGUAAAUAUUAAUUUAUUUAUUGCUGCACAACCAACUAGGACAUUUUAAGAAAGGUAAAAUAUCUUUUUUUUUCUAACAUAUUCAAAGUGUUACAACUGUAUGGUAGUUACUAUAUUAUGGUGACCAGUCAAACUGUGAGCACUUUUGUACACCACCAAGCAUAGUAGAAUUCCCCAGGAUUAGGAUUCUGAGAAUUCCUACUUCCUCUAUAUCGCUAUUUUUCCUUGGGAAGCCUACUUUGCUCGAUAAUGUACAAUAAAUCUAUCAUACAAUGUCAUACAAACCAUUCAAAUAGAGUAGUACAUAUACAAAAAAAUAUGUUUAAAAAAGUGGUUGUACUGAUCAAAGUUCUAUAAUGAAUCUAUUUAUACAAAAAAAUAAUUCCAUUCUUAAAAUGAUAUGACAUUAAAAGAAAGGAAAAUCUAAUAACAGAUUCAUAAUUAAAAUGAGAAUUUAUACAAGUACGACCACUUGUUCAUUUAUAUCCUUGUAAUUUGUAUAUAAUACAAUUUAAUGUAUCAUA